GAGGGCAGAGGCCGGCCUGGCUAAUAGGAGCGGUAGGGGGAGCCCACGGGAAGGGGAGCAGGCGGAGGUCGCACGGGCAAUGCUGUGUGCUUGCCCGGCGACAGACAGCGCCCCCAGUCAAUAGGAAAUGCGGAGUUCUUCAGGGCUCCCAAGAAGGGUUCCUAAGGUCUUGGCCCUCCACCUGGCACAGAAGGCCCCCUGGUACCUAGUCUCCAGUCCCUUGCAUCCUCUACUCGAGUCAUCAUUCUGACAACCUGAUUGCCACGCCCUCUACUUCUGCACACUUGAUCAUCUGCUAUGUCAUUUUCUGCAUUUAUCCUGUCUCCAUGGCUAGACUCCAGAGCCACUGCUUGCCCCCAGGACACCGAAGACAUGGCACCCAAGAGGGCCAAGAGAAGGGCAGCAGCAGAGGGUGGAAGCUCCAAUGUCUUCUCCAUGUUCGACCAGACUCAGAUCCAGGAGUUCAAGGAGGCCUUCACUGUGAUUGACCAGAACCGGGAUGGCAUUAUCGACAAGGAAGAUCUUCGGGACACCUUUGCAGCCAUGGGCCGCCUCAAUGUCAAGAAUGAGGAGCUGGAUGCCAUGAUGAAGGAAGCCAGCGGCCCCAUCAACUUUACCGUCUUCCUGACCAUGUUUGGGGAGAAGCUCAAAGGUGCAGACCCUGAGGACGUGAUCACUGGAGCCUUCAAGAUUCUGGACCCUGAGGGGAAGGGAACCAUCAAGAAGCAGUUCCUGGAGGAACUGCUCACCACUCAGUGUGACCGCUUCACCCCGGAAGAGAUCAAGAACAUGUGGGCGGCCUUCCCCCCCGACGUGGGCGGCAACGUAGACUACAAGAACAUCUGCUACGUCAUCACGCACGGCGACGCCAAGGACCAGGAGUAGGGUCCUCUGCCGGCCCACCCUUCCUGCCAGUCCGACCCCCACCCCAACUCCCAAUAAAGUUCUACUGGGAUCCUGUUUCU